CUAUCAUGUCUCACGGUACCGAGCGUGACGUCAGCGCGCGAUUGUCUAGUCAACAGCUCAGCUGUUGUAUGCGACCGCGGGAAGAAAAAAGAAAAAAAACAUACUCCACGUAAUACAUCGGCCGGGUCCAGGGAGGGACUCUGGACUUCCGUGGGGCCAUUGUGGCCGUGUUUUGGAGAACAGAACAUAACGGGAAUACAGCUAUCAUUCUUCAGAUAUAAACCGAGACACGUUGGUGUGAAAUAGCGGAGGUUUAACGUCAGAUCUAGGACAGUCUCUCUGGAGAGGAAGCAAUAUGGAGCUGGAUGACGGAGUUGUGUACCAGGACGAUCCGGGCACGUCGGCGAUCAUGUCGGAGCGGGUCUCGGGCCUGGCCAACUCCAUCUACCGCGAGUUCGAGAGGCUCAUCUGCAAAUACGACGAGGACGUGGUGAAGGAGCUGAUGCCGCUGGUCGUGGCGGUGCUGGAGAACCUCGACUCGGUGUUCGCCGAGAAUCAGGAGCACGAGGUGGACCUGGAGCUCCUCAAGGAGGACAACGAGCAGUUGGUCACUCAGUACGAGCGCGAGAAAGCGCUCAGGAAACACGCCGAGGAGAAGUUCAUUGAAUUGGAAGAUUCCCAAGAGCAAGAGAAGAAGGAUCUGCAGACCCAUCUGGAAAGCCUUUCAUCACAUUCCCGUCAGCUGGAGCUGAAGAUCAAGAACUAUGCAGACCAGAUAAGUCGAUUAGAGGAGCGAGAGGCUGAACUGAAGCGCGAGUAUAAUUCCCUUCACCUGCGCCACACAGAGAUGAUCCACAACUACAUGGAGCAUGUGGAGCGGAUCCGGAUGCAGCAGACGGGAGGAGAUACCUCUGACACCGGGACACUUGGCCGAGUUCGGAAAGAGCGUCCCAAGUCUUUGGGAGUCUUCCCCAUGUCCGGCGGUGGCUCUUCACUGACGCCUGACAUCCAGAGCAGAGCCGAGACUCCUGGGACGGAGGGCUGGAGAUUCAAUAACCUCAGUCAUCAGCGCUCUAACGCCAGCCUCAAGCAGUUGGAGGCGGAGGACACUCCAAAGAAAAGGGAUGGUAAGGAUGUUCUGGAUGCUUGGGACUCGCUGGCAGACGAUUGCAAGGAUGAGCUAUCUGACCUCAGCCAGGGCGGCUCAAAGUCUGUCACUCCCAUGUCCACCACGGCCUCUGAUCUGGCCCUGGACUCGCACAGAGAGGAUGGAGAGGGCUUCUGGAAGAACACAGAGGUUCAGGCUGUUCCAGGGACCAGGAGCGUCUCUGCGGGUCUGGCUGAUAAUGAGGAAAAGUCAGAUGUUCAGGCCAUUAUUGAGUCCACACCAGAGCUGGACAUGGACCUCGGAUGUAAAGGUUCAAGCACCCCGAGCCGAGGGAUUGAGAACAUGGCGUUUGACCGAAAUACAGAGUCUCUCUUUGAAGAAGUGUCAUCAGCAGGGACAGGUUUGAUUGGAGAUGUGGAUGAAGGAGCAGAUCUGUUGGGCAUGGGUCGUGAGGUAGAGCACCUCAUUCAGGAAAAUGUGCAGUUGCUUGAGACUAAAAAUGCAUUGAAUGUGGUGAAGAACGAUCUGAUCGCUCGUGUGGACGAGCUCUCCUGUGAGAAAGAGGUCAUUCAGGGGGAGCUGGAUACGGUUUUGCAGGCCAAAGCCAAACUAGAGGAGAAAAACAAGGAGCUGGAGGAGGAACUCAAAAAAGUGAAAGCAGAGGCAGAGGUGGCCAAACAGAACAAUACUAAAGAGGAAGAUGAGAGCGAUGUGCCCACAGCUCAGAGGAGGAGGUUCACGCGGGUGGAGAUGGCCCGAGUCCUGAUGGAGCGAAACCAGUUCAAGGAGAGACUGAUGGAGCUGCAGGAGGCCGUCAGGUGGACGGAAAUGAUCAGAGCUUCAAGGGAAAGCUCAGAAGUUGCAGAGAAGAAGAGGUCAAGCAUCAGGCAAUUCUUCAGUCGCCUGUUCAGUUCCUCCAGUUCCUCAGCGUCCACCAACCCAGCGAGAGGUUUACCAUCCAACGUCAAGUACAACCCACCCAGCAUCAUGAAAAAGAGCAACACCUUCUCCCAGUUCCCAAGAGAAAAGUCCAAAGCGUUCGACUUCCUCAAAGAAGAGUUGGACUCGAGUGUUUCUCUGUCCCGCCGGGAGCAGAAGCGUGCCCAAUACGAGCAUGUGAAAGCCCAUGUGCAGAAGGAGGAUGGCAGGGUUACAGCACAUGGCUGGAGUCUCCCUGGAAAAUACAAGGCUGCUAAUGGUGGCCAUGCAGAGAACAAAAUAAACCUUCCUGUUCCUGUGUGUCUCCGGCCACUGGAGCAGAAAGAUGCUUCUAUGAAGCUCCUGUGUGCAGCUGGAGUGAACCUGUCAGGAGGACGCUCAUGUAAGGGAAGCUCUGGCAUUUCUGGUGAAGAGUCUUUGGUGGAGACAGACACCUCCAAACAAUGUAAAGACUCCCAGAGCAGCCUAGAUCAGCUGGAGCAGGAACAGAAGGAGCAGGAGCGGGAGCAGACGGUGCAUGUGGAGAUGUCCAGUCGCGUUUGGAUCUGUACGAGUACACACUCCUCCACAAAGGUGAUGAUCAUGGAUGUGACGCGGCCCGACGACCUGCUGGACAGCUUCUACGUCUGUAACUCAUGUGUGCUGUGCAUCGCCAGCGUACCAGGAGUCUUGGAGACAGACUAUCCUGCAGGGGAGGAGAUUCCUCAGGACCUGGAGGCGGGGCCAGACGCUCUAUUGGCCAGCAGCAGCUCUCAGGGCAGUGAGGGGUUGUUGAGUGACGUGUCAGCGGUGGGCUGCAGUGUUGAAGAGUCCAGCACAGGAUCUCAGGCGGGCAGCACAGGCACCAACGAACAGUCAGCAGAGCAGAGUCCAGCCAGAGGAAGUGAUCUCUCCAGAGCUCCCAGUGAAGAUGGGCUCCCUGCAGCCGAGGAAGCUACGGAGGCCACUGAGGAAGAGCAGGAGAGCCCGGGACAGGACACCAGUCAGCCAGGAAUCUACACGGAGCACGUGUUCACAGACCCACUGGGAACAGAGACUUCUGGGGCUUCAGCAGACAACGAUAACCAGAGGGAGUCCGAUCAGGACAGGGACGGCACGGCCUCAGCAGGUGGAAAGACGAAUCUGGCAAAAGAAGAUAUCCAGCGGAUGAGCAGCGCACUGCCCACCAUGUGGCUGGGGGCUCAGAACGGCUGUUUAUACGUGCACUCGUCUGUCGCUCGAUGGAGGAAGUGUCUUCAUGCUGUCAAGCUGAAGGAUUCCAUCUUGAACAUUGUACAUGUGAAAGGCCGUGUUUUGGUGGCUCUGGCUGACGGUACGCUGGCCAUCUUUCACAGAGGUCUUGACAGCCAGUGGGACUUAACCAACUACCACCUCUUGGACCUCGGCCGGCCGCAUCACUCGAUCCGCUGUAUGACCGUCAUGCACGAUGGUGUGUGGUGCGGCUACAGGAACAAGAUCUAUGUGAUUCACCCCAAAGCCAUGAAAAUAGAGAAGUCUUUUGACGCCCACCCGCGUAAGGAGAGUCAGGUGCGUCAGCUGGCCUGGGUGGGGGACGGUAUCUGGGUGUCCAUCCGGCUCGACUCCACCCUCCGCCUCUUCCACGCUCACACCUUCCAGCAUCUCCAGGACGUGGACAUCGAACCUUACGUCAGCAAAAUGUUAGGAACGGGAAAACUGGGCUUCUCCUUUGUGAGGAUCACGGCUCUAAUGGUUUCCUGUAACCGGCUGUGGGUGGGAACAGGAAAUGGUGUCAUCAUCUCUAUCCCUUUAUCAGACUCAUCUCAUAAGAGUGUAGGAGCGAUGGCCGGACGUCCAGGUGGGGCGGUGCGAGUCUACGCCGAUGACACUGUGGAUGGUGCGCUGACGGGCUCGUAUGUACCCUACUGCUCCAUGGCACACGCUCAGCUCUGCUUCCACGGCCACAGAGACGCUGUUAAAUUCUUCGCCACUGUCCCAGGUCAGGUUAUUGUGCCAGGAGCUGAAGGUACGACGGAGAACUCGGACUCUUCAGCCCCAGACGGCAAGAGCAUGCUCAUCAUGAGCGGAGGAGAGGGAUACAUCGACUUUAGGAUCGGUGAUGAGGAUGGUGGUUUGGGUCGAGAUGAAGAGGAGGAAUCGGCUGAAGCCACUCUGAAGCUGCAGUCGGCUCCUGCCAGACCUGAGCGCAGUUAUGUUAUAGUCUGGCAGGUUGCUUUAGGCAGUGACUUAUAAAUCACUGCUGCAGCUUCAACCGAGAACUCUAGGUCAACCCACGUGGGCUUAUUAUUUUACUUUUCUUAUUAAUGCAGAUAUUAUUAUUAUUAUUAUUAUUAUUAUUAUUAAUAGUGUUGCUCUUAAUACCUACAUCACAAUGAGUUCUAAUAUCUGUGCGUAGAUGUUCAUUUCAUUUUACUGUUUUAUAUGAGUCUGGCGUUGACACAAAAUAGAUCAGUGUUGAAAUGAAGGAACCAAACAUUGACAUGAAGCCGUCCACAGCUAUGUUGCAACUUUAUACGGAAAUCCUAAAUGAAGAUUUGAUCAAAAUGUACCCUUCCAAGAUGGCCUGAAGUUUUUUGUCAGAUUUGGUGAAAUUUUGUGUUGCAUCACUUGUUCAGCAGUGGAGUGAAUGGGUGCCGUCAGAAUGAGAGUCCAAACAGCUGUCUGUUCGUAAGAAACAAAUCCAUUAUGACGGAGUUUUAAUUUUAAACCAUUGCUUCUGGUCAAAAUAUAAGACCUUCUAUCCAUAUUGUUGUUGUUUUUUUCAAAUAAAAAUUUGUCUUCAAAGUGUUAGCAUCGAGUGAAUGGGUGCCGUCAGAAUGAUAGUCCAAACAACUGAUAAAAGGUAAAAAGCAGUUUGUUUGUAAGACACAAAUCCAUCAUUACGGAGUUUUAACUUUAAACCAUUGCUUCUGGUCAAAAUACAACACCUUCUGUCCAUAUUGUUUUUUUUUUCCAAUUAAAUACUUGUCUUCGAGAAGUGUUAACAUGGAUUUUGGUGUUUUGGUCAGAAGCACCAAAAGUCUGUUGACUCUCAUUCUGACGGCACCCAUUCACUGCACAGGAUCCAUUGGUGAGCAAGUGAUGUACUAUAAUGCUACAUUUCUUCAAAUCUGUUCUGAUGAAGAAACAAACUCCUCUACAUCAUGGAUGACCCGAGGAUGAGUACAUGUUUAGCAAAUUUUCAUUAUUCGGUGAGCUACCCCUUUAACAGUUUACAUUACAUGAUUACUUUAGGGCCAUGUUUGUUUCUUGAUGUAAGCUGCUUGAGAUGAUUUGUGUUUUUGUUCUUCACAGAACUGAUCGGAGGUUUUUCUGUGCACUAUGGCAGUGGUAGCAUUGUGUAGUUCAUGUAUAUAGAAACUCAGAGAGCUAUUUUUGCUAUCUGUACGCCGCUGAUCUGGUGAGCGAUGGUGUCUCAGCACCUUAUGGCAUCUGUACGUGUGUAUUUGCAUGAGUCCUGUAUCAUUCCUGUACGGAGCCCCGGAGCUCCCUCACACUAGAGCUUGCUGGCACUUUAAAAACAUACUGAACAUACAGUAGACAUGCCUAAUUUCUGGAAAGAACAACAUGCGCUAGUGUUUAUAGCCGUUGAGAAGAUCCGCCCUUUUACCAAAGGAUGAAACGUAGAACAAAUAACAAAUACUAAACAGCCUAGUUAUCGAUUAUUAAGCAUUGCCAAGGCUUUUCGAUGUUCUGUGAUUCUCUUCAAUGGACAGAAACGGACUAAAUAAUGUUAAUUAAAAAAAUACUAAUAAUUGACAGGGAUUGUAUAACAAAUUAUUUGUAGUGUGUCUGAUUUAGUUUUGUUUGCUUCAGCACCAAGCAUCUCAGAUAAUUAAUGUGGGUUUUGUCUGUAUUGUGUGUCCCAGGCUUGGGUUCGAGUGUGUUGAGUUUUCUAAUGCGCUCCUUUUGUAUCUGGUCUGUACAACACUUUUAUUGUACCUUGAUGUCUGCUGAAACAAAUGCAACAUGAUAUUUGACUUUUUAUGUGGAAAUGGGUCGGGUUAUGGUCUCUUGUUUUGUUUUCAGUUCUGACACAUAAAGGGAAUCUUUAUAUCAUUGUCAUUGCCGUUCUAAGUAUUUAUUUUCAUAAUGAACUUUGCGGUUCAGAAUGUAACUUUUUACAUGUUUGUGAACAAGGACGCUAUCGUUGUUUUGUUUGACAUCAGACACCUUUAGGAAGCGAUGUUUUCAUGUUGAAGGAACUGACUUAUAAUGUUGACAGUAUUAGACCGCAUCACCUCCGGAGGUCAUUGGGAAAUACACCUUUAUUGUAUGAAGCUAUGCAUGUUUUUUUUAAAAGUCCUCUGCAGUUUGUUUGUUCAACUUUGUUUAUAGCCAUCUUUUUGGGUGGUUGUGUGUAUAUGUGCGAGUGUGUGUGGAAAUGAUUGAGAAAUAUUACCGCAUUUGUGUGUGUGUGUGUGUGUGUGUUGUCGCUUAUUUCCAUUAAAUCUUACUGGACUGGCUGUGUGUGUGUCACAGCUUGUCAUUACUGUUUGCUAAAACUGCAUCAUAGCCUUAUUUUUAAACUCUAUUAAAAUCAAUUUCAUGGGGAAUUCA